UAAACAUGAGAACACUUCCUAUUCUUCUUCUUGUCAUAGUCGGCGUUGUCUACUGUUAUCCAUUGAACGAGGACAAUGUCGAUUUGGAAUCGGAUGUUGCCGAGAUGGAGGGAGCUGAGUUGGACAGAGUGAAGAGAGCAAGUGAUCAUAAACUUGAGAAGAAGUUGGAUGAAAUCAUGGAAAAGGUCGAGAAGAUCAAGGACAAGAUUGAAGAGAAUAAGGAAAAACGUGAGAAGAAGAAUAAGAAGAAGGGAAACAAGAAGGACGAGGACGAGGAGGAGGAAGAGGAUAAGGAUAAGAAGAAGAAGGACAAGAAGAAGAAUAAGGAUAGUGAAGAGGAAGAGGACAAGAAAAAGGAUAAAAAGAAGAAGAAUGAUAGCAGCGAUGAAUCCGAAGAGGAAAACAAGAAGAGAAAGAACAAGAGAAAAAACUGAACAGCUUUACUUUUCAUGUGAAUAGUAGUUUCUUGUAUUAUCAUUUCGACAUCAAUAAUAAACCUUUGAAAUUCU